AUGGGCCCUGCAAAGGUACCGAAAGAUUUCGUCUCUAGACAACACAGGAAACUCGGCCCGGGACAACGCGUUUCGCGGGCAUGUCUUUUCUGCCGUCAGCGAAAGUCCCGCUGUGAUUUGGACAGUGGCGGCAAUCCAGGAACUCCACCCUGUCAGAGGUGUGUGCGUGAAGGCCGGGAGUGUAUCCUGGGGACUUCUAACAGAGGUGGACGACGGAUACGCAAGAAUAAAGGCGUUGCCAAUCCCACAUCACAAGAUGGUGAAGCAUCGGCACAAAGGACGCCUGAGAACCAGCCUUCCAUUUCAGAUUAUCCAGAGCAUGACAAUGACAGCUCAAGUUUCUCCGCGCCUGGAUAUCCAAUUGCCGAUCUCUAUGUGAAUCACGUCGGCAAACCAACCGAGCCCGUUACUACUGAUGUUAAUAACCAGGAUCGAGAGCAACAUCAUGAAGAUGAUGGUGACAAUGAAUCCGCAGCUAGCUCUGAUAGUGCGAUUGAUCCUGGAGUGCCCAGAAACCCGUCUGAUGCAUGGCAAUGUCUGACUGGAAUCGCCAAACGAGGCGAAGAGACUGAUGAAUUCCAUCUAUCUGCGGAAACCGUCACGCAACAGAGACCUCUUGACGCAUAUGCCCAAGACGGGAUUGUGGGCGUGCCUUCCAAAACACCUGUUGCUGCUGGCAUCGGGGCAUACCAACUUGUCAAGAACGGGUCGCUUGAUCCCGAGUUGAUUUUUAACCUGAUUAAACGUUACCAACUCCAUUUCCAUCCCUAUCAACCCCUUGUGCCUAGGCGAUACUUUGAGCGUGAGAUGCUCGAUGCAUUUGCCUCGAAUGAGAAGCACCUGCUCACCGCCGUGCUCACGAUAGCGUCCAAGGAUCUGCUUGAAAUGCCUCAUAUUCAUGAAUGUUGUUCAAAAUACAUGCACGAACUCGUUGCAAGCAUUGCCGCUGGAACCGAAUGCGACGUGGAAGCGGUCGAAUCCCUGAUCUUACUGGCGGAAUGGGAACCACAGGGCCUCCGCCGGAAUAUCGAGCGUGUGGGAAGAGGCGAAGAAGAUCGUGCUGCUUGGAUGCAUGUGGGCCUCGCGUUACGGUCUGGCUACUUCAUGGGUCUGGAUCGUACCUCAUUUCGCGGCGAUCCCACCAGCGAGGACUUCGAUGCACGCAAACGCCUCGCUUGGACUUCAUGCUACAUCACCGAUAGACUGAUAUCCGUCCGAAUCGGACGAGCGUUUUGGUCCCGUGGACCGGGUCCAAUGACUGGAUUCGUGAGCCAGGAUUUUCCUUCCCUACAGCCAGUCACGGAAGGAGAUGAGGACUACGCAAAGAUUAUACAGGCUACGUUGGAAUUGACGCAGUUGUAUAGUAAUGUGCAUGAGAUUCUGUACUCGGGGAUGCGGGCGAGCAAUCAGAUGAUGCUUAUGGGUGAUUAUAUCAAGUAUGCGGAUGAUUUUCGCACUGCGAUACAUAGAUGGAAUCAGACAUGGGGAGGAUUGAAAUGCUCAUCGAACAUCAAACUGACUCUACAAAUGUCAUAUGAAUACCUACGGCUUUAUACAAACGCCUUUGCUUUUCAAGCAGCCAUAUCUCAAGCGAUUGUGCGCAACCCAAAGACGGCGGAUCAGCACAAUCAAAAGGAGCACUUACGAGCAACGUUCAGCAACGUAGCCUCAAUGUCUGAUGCGCGCUUUAUAUAUGAAUCGCUUGAUGCGGCAAGGUCGUAUCUUGACAUGCUUGUCAGUUUGGUGAAUCCAGAGGAGCAUUUACGGUUUAUGCCGCUUCGAUAUUACUUGUAUAGCAUUUAUGCGGCGGUGUUUUUGUACAAGGCCCGAUCAUUUGGUGUCAUGUCUCCUAAAGAAGAAAUUGAAGUCCGCGAACUAGUAUCACGCACAACGGAAACCCUCCAUCGCGCCAGCGCAGGUCCGGAUGACAUGGGCUCGCGAUACGCACGAUUGCUCGAAUUGCUUUGGAAACCCCGCUCUUCAGGAUCGGUCGCAUCAUCUGAAUCCCGUCGUCGCAACGAACUUUCCAUCGCCAGUCUCGCAAAUAGCAACAACAACACGACCAUGUCCCCUAUAAGCGGAGCGGGAGGAGUGAGCGGAGUCGGCGGAGGAACACCACACCAACACCAGCAACAUCAUCACCGUCACCAACAGACAGCUCAUCAAAAUCAACAAUCAACACAUUUCGACCCGGCCAACGAUUUUUCCUGGCUGGAUCUGGGUGCUGUGGGUGACUAUGUCUCCGGCGAUCAGAUGACAGCCGGUAUACUAGGGUUUGACGGUGCUCUACAAGAUGGGAUGUAUUCGACUGACCAACAUCAACCGCCUCAACAACAGCAGAUGUGGCAGACGCCGUUCUGGACGGGAGAUUCCAUGUCUACUAGUUUAUUCUUUUAA